AUUUUUUUAAUUGUGGCAGCCUUUCAAAUGAUAGCUUAACCUGCAAGGCCAGGAAGAAAUCCAAAAAGGGCAGGGUAGGAAAACUGAAGCAAGCAAAGCAGAACAGCCAAAAAACCCCUCCAAAACAGCAAAAAUCCAACAAGGUAAGAAUUGCCAGAGCAAGGCAAGCACCUUGAAGAGUUGGACCAGAUCAACAAGUGUUGGCGGCUGUGGCAAGCUGGACUGCGACAUGUCUGAUGAUCCGUGUGAUACAGAAAGCUUGGAAGAAGCUGAGCCAUCCUGCCAUGCGAGGAAGCCGAAAACAUCUCGUUCUUGCCGGGCUGGGCUGGUAUUCCCUGUAAGCCGCAUUGAAAGAUUCCUCCGGAAGGGAGACUACGCAGAGCGCAUUGGAUCAGGAUCGUCUGUGUACAUGGCUGCAGUGCUUCAGUACCUGACCUAUGACAUUAUGGAUAUAGCUGGGAACAUUGCUAAAAAUGACCACAAGCGCCGAAUUGCCCCCCGGCACUUACAGAGAGCCAUCAGUGAUGAUGCUGAGCUCCACUCUCUGCUUGGAGGGAUCACCUUCCCCCAGGGGAACACCCUGCCCAAGACUAAGUCCACCGCAUCAACCAGGAGGGGGAAGGGCAAGAAAUCUGGCAAGGCCGUCAGAGCUCAAAAUGUUGUUACUGCAUAAGCAAGGGUAAUGCUGUUUUUCUGGACUUGAGAUUGAGUCUUUAGUACUCAACAACAUGGUCUAAUAAAAGCUGAUCUGACCAUUC